AUGCUGAGUCGAGGCGGGAACCGCAGCAGCAGCAGCAGCAGCAGCAGCAGCAGCAGCAGCAACAGCAGCAGCAGCAGCAGCAUCGUCAGCAGCAGCAGCAGCAGCAGCAGCAGCAGCAGCAGCGUUCCGCCGCUCGCUGCACCCCCCCUCCCCCCUCCCCGCAGCAGCAGCAGCAGCAGCAGCAGGAGGAUGGAGGGGGGCGGCGUGCACGUGCCGAACGCAGCAGCAGCAGCAGCAGCAGCAGCAGCAGCGCAGCAGCAGCAGCAGCAGUUCAGCCCGUUUGCUGCGAGCCGCGUGGCCCUGGGGCUGGAGCGCUCGCUGUGCGUGGCGCUGCGGGGGCCGCAGCCGCAGCUGUUCGUGUGGGGUCGCAACGGAGACAACUCCCUGGGGAUCGGGAUCGGGAUCGGGGAGCGAGUCUUCCCCGGGAUCGUCUCCUUUUUCGCGAAGCAGCCCGUCUUUGCUGUUGCUGCGGGCCUCAGCCACUCCCUAGUCCUCGUCAAGAGGCCUUCGGACUCUGGCGGAAAACUCUACAGCGUGGGCCUCGGGACUUGCGGCAGGCUGGGCUACCCCAAGCGGGGCCCCGCUGCUGCUGCUGCUGCUGCUGCUGCUGCUGCUGCUGCUGCUGCUGCUGCUCCUGCUGCAGCGGGGGCUCCUGCGGCGACGCCGUCGCCGCAGGACCUCCCGUCGCCGCAGCAGCAGCAGCAGCAGCAGCAGCAGCAGCAGCAGCAGCAGCAGCAGGAGGAGGAGGAGAGUUGGUUUGCUGCGCAGUUUCACCGGGUUCGGUUCCCAGAUCGAUCCCGGAUCGCCCUCGUCAGCUGUGGGGCCGCGCACAGCCUCGCUGUCUCCGACUCAAGCGGGCGGCUGGGCCUGGGCCACACGCGCGGCGCGCUGCUGCCCGCGCUGCUGCAGCAGCUGCUGCAGCAGCAAAUAGUUUUUGUUGCUGCUGGCGAGAGCCACAGUGCUGCAGUGGACCGCCGCGGGUGGGGUGGGGAGAGGGUGAGGGGGAGGGCACCUUGGGACUGUCCCACGCCCCGCCUUCUCGAAACCCUCGGAGGCAUUCCCAUCAUCCAAGGUUUAGAGUUAAAUGGUGGCGAGAACCUGGGGUUCAGCGUUAGUGGUUGUGCAUGCAUCUCUGUGCUGCCUCUUCUGCAAUACAAGCAGCCCUUCACCAGCAUUUUUGUGUCUCCUGCUGCUGCUGCUGCUGCUGCUGCUGCUGCUGCUGCUGCUGCUGCCGAGGACGUGCUGCAGGCCGGCGACCUCUGGAUGUGGGGCGCGGCUGACAGCGGCAAACUCGGACUUGGAGAACAAGUCCUCGGGGGCGCUGUCACUGUCCCCCACGCGGUGUCUGUCCCCUUUGCUGUCUCCAAACUCGCCCUCGGGCAAAGCCACGUGCUGGCCCUGACUGCCAGGGGUCUCCUUUACUCCUGGGGCGCCGGCUUCUACGGCCGCCUGGGGCUCGGCUCCACAGCCAACGUCUACACCCCCGCCAAAGUCAACUUCCCCACUCCAGUCAAAGUGCGGCAAAUAGCCGCGGGGGCCUCCGUGUCUCUGUGUCUCUCUGCUGCUGGAGAACUCUGGGUGUGGGGCCGCAGCAGCAGCCUUUGCUGCUGCCAACACAUUUUGUCUCCAAAGCUUUUCGUCCAAAUUGAGGGCCCCCAGGGGCCCCCCCGCCUCUCCUCCGUGGCUGCAUGCGGCGACCACUGCCUCGCCGUCACCGAGGACGGCCGCGUCCGCCGCGAGGGUCUACGGCUGGGGAGACAACAAGUGUCUCCAGGCCUGCUGCGGCCCCCGCCGCGCAGAACAGCUGGACCGCCCCGAACUUGUCGAGGGAACGGGGAACUCUACGCGUGGGGCUGCACGGGAGGCGGGCGGCUGGGUGUGGGGUGGCGGCGGAAGCAGCUGCAGCAAACCCCCGCAAUGGUAGUCCCUAAUUGGGCGGAUCCAAGUGUCUCCUCAGCAGCAGCAGCAGCAGCAGCAGCAGCAGCAGCAGCAGCAGACACCGGCUUUCAGUACCCCGCGGACUUGCAGGACGCAGCAGCAGCAGCAGACAGAAUCCACCUUGACCCCACUUUGAGCGAGGCGGAAGUGCAGGGUUUUCUGUCGCGGCUGGCGUUUGCUGCUGCUUCGAGCAGCAGCAGCAGCAGCAGCAGCAGCAGCAGCAUGGUGGGCUCGCUGUGGCCCGCGCUGCAGCAGCUGCUGCAGCAGGAAGAAUUCGAAACUCGCCCAGACUUUCUUUUGUCUCUCGAAGACUCUCUUGUCUCCAUUUUAAACAGAGACAUCAACGAGCUGCUGCAGUUAGGAGACAGGGAAAAGGAGCUCAAGCAGCUCGAAACCCACUACCAAACCCUCCUGAUCGGGGUUGCUGCGCGAGCGCGUUGUGCUUUGGCGAAUACUGCGGACAACAAAACCCCGGAGGAGCUGCAGUCGAAGCUGCCUGCGGUGGAGCCCUUGGCUUUUAUUCUGCAGCAGCAGCCAGCUUAUUUGCUGCGGCUUUUGUUUUCUGUCAAUUUGAAAACAGAGAGAGAAGUGGUGCUGAGAGUCACCGAGCAAGUAUACCUGGAGCUGGAUGACAGGCGCAUUGGGGGCCUCUUUUGCUGCUUGAUGAGAGCCGUGGCAAGGCAAGAAGUUGCAGAAGUUCCGGACCUUAUGUCUUGCAUGGACCCUAGGACUUCAAAUUUGAUGGAGCUACUUAGGAUGUACGCGCUGCGAGGCUUCAGGGCUCUCUUUUGCAACGCUUUGCUGGACUUGCAAAACCCCAACUCCUUCGCCACGCGUGUCUCUCGACUUGGAAACGUGGACGUGUACUACAACAUCGACGAGUUGCUUCCGAAGCACGGGCUGGAGAAAAUCGAAGACGCCUCCAAGAGCCAACAAGAAGCAAUCCGGAGCGAGUUUCACUUAGGGUUUGAGGCGCUGCAGGAGCUGCUGCUGUCGGGGCUGGUGGGGCUGCUGCAGCAGCAGCUGCUGCUGCUUCCUGCUGCAGUGCAGCGGCUGCUGCUGCAAACCUCCCUUUUUGUCUACUCCCGCGGCUUCGCACUAGACCCUGAACUGCUGCAGCUGGGGAUCGACUUUUGCUACACGAUCCCAGUAGUUAAGCUGGUCUUGAAUGGGCUUUUCGAGCCUCUUUUGGCGGACCCUGACGAGUUCUGCAGACUCAGCGGCCUGGACCCCUUGCCGGAGACCAUCAGCAGCAAACUGAAGACUGCAGCAGCAGUGCUGCUGCUGCUGGCAAAAGGAGACUUUGAAAAUCUCCCCACAGCUCAUUUGCUGCAGCAGCUGCAGCUCACUCUCUGGAGAGCAGCAGCACAAGCCCUGCGGCAGCAAAUGGAAGUCGAGGACCAACUCGACGUGGAGCUUAUGAUGGACCUCUUUGCCUCUCACUACGACAUGAAGGAACACUUCGUCACUUGGGCCAGCGGGGAUCUGCUAUCUCUCAUCAACAUCUGCAAGAAGUACGAGGCCUAUAUAAACCUCUCUGCUCACGACCCUGUAGCAAAAAUUGUGCAAGCCGUGAGCGACGGCCGGGACCCGCCCUUCUCCAAACAAAUGGUGGAAAGCGCCAAGGCAGCAAAAACCUCCUACACUUUUAGGGUUGAGCACCGCUUCCUCAUCACCGAGAGAAACUUGGUGUACUGCAGCAUCACGCACGCGCCUGUGCCUCAGCGGCUGGCACUGCGGCAGCGCGCGGAGACAAAGGACGGGCAGCGGGUGUUGGCGGUGCUGCUGCGCUACGCAGCCCCGCAGCGCGAAGACCUGCGGCAGCAGCUAGCUGAGUGUCUCCGUUUGAGUCCCCCGUUGACUGCAGGGUCUCCUGAGCAGCUAGCUGCGCAGCUAGCUGCUGUGGCUAGCCACAUGGCUAGCCAGGAGCCGCCGGACUUUGCUGCUGCUGCGCUGCUGUCUUCCUGCUGCAGCAGCAUCAGCAGCCCGCCCCUCAGCAAGCCCCAAGCUGCUGCUGCAUGCAUGCGCUGGAUUGCAGAGGGCAUUCUCGCCAGAAAAAAACACAGAAACUACCUCCGACAAAUCCAGCGCCGCUGCCUCAGCCCCAGGGUCUUAAGCAGAGGCCUCUACGGCUUGGCGGGAGCGCAGCAGCCCCGCACUGCAGAGUCUAGGAGGCACCUGGACACAAUUCAAAACUUGCAAAGAGAAUAUGACAUUGGCCUUCGCAAUCGAAUGGAGACACUUAAAGAGGCUGCGGAGGUUGCGGAGACUCUGACUGUGGAGCAGCCCAUAGAACUCGCCGCCAGACGCUACAACUUCACCCUCGCCUUCCCGUCGCUGCGGAGGAAGCAGCCCGAGAAGCAGGACAAUUUGGGUGUCUCUUUGACGUUUAAAUAUUCUGUUUUGCUGCAGCGAGAGGGUGUGGCGAGGCCCUCCGUUUGUCUCCUGCUUGUCCCCUGA